AUGAUGCCCCAAAUUGAGGACUCAAUGCGACAGCAGCUGCUGCUGCAGGGGCAGCAGCAGCAGCAGCAGCAACCGCAACACCAGCAGCAACAAACCCUCUCCAUGCAGCCUCACACACUCUCCCACCCAAUCCGGAAGGAGCAGCAGCAGCAGCAGCAGCAGCAGCAGCAACGCUUUGAACAGCACCAUGGGUUUUCCAACUUGCAGCAGCAGGUCGCUCCCCAGGGGCUCCAGGCGGGCCAGCAGCAGCAGCAGCAGCAGCAGCAGCAGCAGCAGCAAGAGCAACAACAACAGCAGCAGCAGUGGCAGGGAAUGCUGCGAAACACCGGGAUCCUGGAGGCUUCUGUGCUGCAGCAGCAAAAGGCAUCGGCGCUGCAGCAGCAGCAGCAGCUGCAGUUGCAGGCCUGUACCUCUCUUUGGGCGAAGCAGCAGCGGCUGCAGCAGCAGCAACUGCAACAACAGCAGCAGCAGCAGCAGCAGAAUGAAUCCACCCUUUUAGAGCUAAGAGAGACUAAGGGCGGCGCUGCAGUGCCCGUCGGUGUUACUUCUGGAUGCAGCAGCAGCAACAGCAACAGCAGCAGCAGCACAGACAGCAGCAGCAAUAACGCGGGUGGAGCAUCUGCGUUUUUUCAUAACAGCAGUAGCAGCAGCAGCAGCAGCAACAGCAACAUCAGUAGCAGAAGCUUGCCCUCGUCUCCUCUGCAGCAAAGGGGGUCUCUGCGGCUGCAGCUCUCCCCAAUGUUGCUGCAACAGCAGCAGCAGCAACCGUCUCAUUCCCCUGGAAACGAGCAGCAGCAGCAACAACAGCAACAGCAGCAGCAACAAAAGCUGCUGCAGCAACUCUCGCACUACCGCCAGGCCCCCCCCUUCGUUCGCCGCGCUUCUACUGGCCUUCGGAAGUUCACUCCAAACAACAGCAGCAGCAGCAACAGCAGCAACAGCAACGACAGCAGCAGCAGGGACAGCAGCAGCGACAUCGGUACCUGCGGCAGCAGCCGGGGCAGAGGAAGCAGCACCAACUCCAGGCGUCUGCCUGAACUUCCGCAGUUGCUGCAGCCUCCUCCAGUGCUGCAGCAAAACUUGUGGCAGCAGCAGCAACAGCAGCAGAGCCUGCUUAGCGGCAGCAGCAAACAGGGAACCUUUUCUCCUACCUUUGAGGCAACCACACCCAACAGCAACAGAUGCUCUGCGGCAGCAGCGAAUUCACCAGCAGCAGCGGCAACGCUAGCAGCAACAACAGCAGCAGCACCAGCAACAGCAACAGCAGCAACAGCAGCGGCAGCAGCAGCAACAGCAGCAACUGGGGUGCCCCAGAUCGAUUGCAAACCCACCCUAGCAAACGCGGCACUUCCUGCUCCUGCUGCUGCAGUGGAGCAGCAGCAGCAGCAGCUGCUGCUGCUGCUUCAACAGCGUCAGCAGCAGCUGCAACAGCAACAGCAGCAGCAGCAGCAGAAGCAGCUGCAGCUGCAGCUGCAGCAGCAGUCGCCGCAGCAACGGAUUCACGUUGCUUCGUCGCAUGAGGCAUUGUUAGAGGAAGUAGCAGCAGUUGAGGCUGUUGCAGCAGCAGCAGCUGCUGCAGCAGUUGACGCUGCUGCUGCUGCCAGGAUGCGUGACUUUGCUGCGGCAAGGAACAGCAGAAUAUCUGCUGCUUGCGUCGGCCCAAGGUCGCCCAAGCAGCAGCAGCAGCAGCAGCUACUGCAGCAGCUGCAGCAGCUGCAGCUGGAAGCAAUCGAAGCAGCAGCAGCAGCAGAACAGCAGCAAAUGCAGCAAAUGCUACCGGCUGUCUCCUUGACGCGCCUUCGUGAAGCGGCUGAGGGCAGCAGCAGCAGCAACAGCAGCAACAGCAACAGCAACAGCAACAACAACAGCGACAGCAGCUGCAACAAGAGCAGUAGCAGCAGCAGCAACAGCAGCAGCCCAAGCCUCUGCGUAAAGGAUAGCAGCACUGAAUGCACUUGGGCCAGCAGCAGCAGCAGCGACAGUGAGCCUGAACGGGCAGCCAACCCCAGCAGCAGCGGCAAUGACAACAGCAGCAGCAGCAACAGCAGCAGCAGCAACAGCAGCAGCAGCAACAGUAGCAGCAUCCCCCGAGUUGAAGAACUCCAAACAAAUGCAAAUUCGGAUGAAGACAGCAACUUUAAGUGGCAUGGGAACCACACAAGCAGCAGCAGCAGCAGCAUCAGCAGCAGCGGCAACAGCAGCAACAGCAAUUACGACAACCUGAGCAGCAGCAGCAGGAAGAGAAGCGACAGCAGGAACAGAAGCGACAGCAGCAACACCACUACCGACAGCAGCAAUAACAUCAACAGCAACAUCAGCAACAACAGCAGCAGCAUCAGCAGCAACGGCGCAGCAACCCCACAGCAGCAGCAAAAGGCUUUCAGUUGUGGAGAGGAAUCCGAGAAGAUAUUUCGUUUGGUUAGAGAGGGGGCGGCACAUAAAGGGGGUGCACAGGCAGCAGCAACAGCAGCAGCAACAGCAGCAGCAACAACAGCACCAGCAACAACAGCACCAACUGCAGCAGCAGCAACAGCGACUACGAGCCCAAAAGCAGCAGCAGUAGCAGCAGCAGCAAUAGCAGCAACAACAGCAGCAACAGAGUCAGCAGCAGCAGCAGCAGCCUCACCAACGGUAGCAGCAGCAAGAUAUCCUGCUGGUGCUGCUAGCAGUACUGUAAACGAAUUCUACGAGCCCCAACCAGCUGCAGCAGCAGCGUCAGCAGCAGCAGCACGAUCAGCAACAGCAGCAGCAGCAACAACAGCAAGUGAAGCAGCAGAAGCAAUGCCAGCAGCAACAGCGACACCGGCAGCAUGCAAAAACAGCAUUGCAGGGCUGGAUCCAGCAGCAGCAUCAGCAGCAGCAGCAACAGCAGCAGCAGCAAGGCCAGCAGCAGCAGCAGCAACAGCAAUGGCCACUACUGCCGCAGCUGCAGCACGAGCAACAUGUGCUGGUGCUGCUUCUUCUUCUGCUAGUGCAGCAGCAUAUGAUGAAGCACAUAGCUCUGCUGCUGCUGCUGAGGCUGCAGCAAGUUUGCCGAGCUGUACAUACACCUCAAACGAAGACUUCUUGUCCUUAGACAAAUGGAUGAAGCUGCUGCCCUCCAGCGAAGCUGAAGUCGCAGCAGCAGAAAAGGCCGUGGCUCUAGUGCAGCAGCAGCAGCAGCAACAGCAGCAACAGCAACAGCAGCAGCAGCAGCAGCAGCAACAAGGUGCCCCAAGAGAAGUACCAGAAGAGACUGAAGAUGCAGCAGAGCAGUUACUGGACCUACACCUCAUCGACGGUGAUUUGCUGAGGCAGCACUGGCUGCAUGCAGCAGCAGCAGCCGAUGCCUUGGAGCCCCAACUGCAGCAGCAGCAGCAGCAAGAGCAACAGCAGGAGUAUUCGUUGAUCCUUCUGCAGCAACAGAGCUCAGAAGCCGCCAGCAUGACGCCGCAGGCCUCCCCCAAUACAGCAGCAGCAGCGGGAGCAGCAGCAGGAGCAGGAGCAGCAGCAGCAAAGCGGCGCGACCUUGCUGCUGCUGCGUUGCGGUGUGUGUGUGUUAUGCAUUCCGUCUGCUACUGGCAGGGCCUCCACGAUGUUGCUGCUGCUCUUACUUUUUUGCUGCCAACGCCUUCGCUGCUGCAGCUUGUGCUGCUGCUGCGGAAGCUGCUGCAGCGGGUGGCUCCCUGGUUGCUGCUGCCACCGCAGCAGGCCCUGAACUCCUCUCGCGCUGUCAGUAAACUCUGGUGCGAGCUGCUGCAGUUUGCUUCUCCGGGUGUAUCUGCAGCUAUUGAAGAAUUAACAGAAGAUGAGCCGCAGCGGCUGCUAAACUCACAAGAACCACUGGACCACUGUUUGCUGCUGCCUUGCAACCGAUGCCUCCAGCAGCAGCAGCAGCAGCAGCAGCAAACAGAUUCACCGCCAGCUGACGGAAUGCACAGUGCUGCUGCAGGGCCGGUUGCUGCUGCUUCUGAGAUGCAACCGUAUGCACCGCAGGACGAUGGAAGCAGCAGCACGAGCAGCAGCAGCAGCAAGAGCAGCAGCAGCAGCACGAGCAGCAGCAGCAGGCUCUCCAACUGCCGCCGCUUCCUUGCUCGUCAUGUGGGGGGUUUGCUGCUGCUGCUCUCACGAACGCCUCCGUCGGUGCUGCUGCAGCUGCAGCAGCUGCUCAAGGCUUGCAGGGAGUUAGGCCAGCUACUAUUCCUGCAGCAGCAACAGCAGCAGCUGCAGCCGCAGCAGCAAAAGCAGCAGAAGCACGGAGCUGCCCUUCACCUCAACACGGAACAGAGACAGGCAGAGCAGCAGCUACAGCAACUGCAGCAGCAGAUUGCUGCAUGCAGCUGCCUCUCUCUCCCUCCAUCUGAACUCCUUGAAGGUCUGGCAGCAGCAGCAGCAGCAGCAGCAACAGCAGCAAAAGCAGCAAAAGCAAAAGCAGCAACAGCAACAGCAGCAACAGCAGCAACAGCAGCAACAGAAGCAGCAAUCACUGCUUCUCAGCUUGAACAGAAGAUAGCCGGGUUUACAAGGCAAGGAAGUAUACCCCAUUCGGUUGAACAAAUGCAGCAACAGCAGCAGCAGCAGCAGCAGCAACUCAAACAUGCAGCAGCAAGAAGCAGCACGGGACAGCAAGCAGAAGCCCUUGUGCUGCAGCAGUUCCUUGACUGUCUGCAGGGUAGGCUUGCAUUGUACGUUCAUGCAGAAAACAGCAGCAGCAGCAGCAGCAGACACUGGCGUUUGGAAGGCUGUCUUGUACGCAUUGUUGAUGUGCGGGGACAGCAGCAGAAGCUGAUUGCAGAAGAAGCAGCACUUUUGCUGCUGCAGCGCCUCGGGUGCUCGGUUCAAAAGGGCCUCUCCUUUCCUCUCCAGCAGCAGCAGCAGCAGCAGCAGCAGCAGGCGCUGUCAAAGCAACCGCCGCAUGCAAAUCAAACAGGCCUAUUGAGGAGGAGGCCCAUCCGAGGUUCUCCUGCUGCUGACAGCGGCAGCAGCAGCACCAACCUGCAGCAGCAACUGCAGCAGCAGCAACAGCAGCAGCAGCAGCAGCCGCGGAAGGAUGGAGCUGGUAGAGAGCCCUUGACACCAACGAAGCAGCAGCAGCAGCAGCCACACUCCCCAGUUCCUGCUCGUAGAAACAGCAGCGGCAGCAGCAGCAGCAGCAGCAGCAGGCAACAUGUGCAGCAGCAGCAAGCAGAGAUAUAUGAUGGCGACGACAUCAGAGCGCCGUUUACAAUCAACGUGGUGCUAGAGAGGGGAAGAGAGGAAGCAAAGGAGCAGCAUAAAGGUGCUGCACAAGCAACAAAGACACUAAAGACCCUGGCGCAGCAAGGCGUUGCUGGCCUGCUGCUGCUAGAGGGCGGGGCCCCUGCUCUUGCUGCUGCAGCAGCGGGGGCCCCUCCUCCGCAGCAAAGGAAAACGACGAAUCUAACAGACAGCAGCAAGAGAAGCAGCAUAAAGAGCAGCAACAACAGCAGCAGCAUCAGCAGCAACAGCAGCAGCAACAGCAACAGCAACAGCAACAGCAACAGCAGCACCAGCAGCAGCGCUCGAAGGUCUCUUCCAGUGGAUUGGUUUGCUGCUGAAUCGCCAGGCACAGCGCCAGUGGCAGUUAAAGCAGCGAAUGCAGCAGCAGCAACAGCUGCAGCAACAGCAGCAACAGCAGCAGCAGCAGCAGCUGCUGCUGCUGCUAGAGGGGUAUCAAUAGGCACAGAAGCAAUCGCUUCCUUUGCCUUCGGUCUCUUUAACUUAGCAGCAGAUGGUUUGAAAGAAGAGCAGCAGCAGCAGCAGCACCCUGGGGCUGCACUCACAGCCAAGCAACAGCAGCAGCAGCAACAGCAAGUGCAGCAGAAGGAGCAACUGCAACAGAAAGAGCAACGGCAGCAGCAGCAACAGCAGCAGCAGCAGCCUCCGCUGUUGCUGACUCAACAGCAACAAGUGAUGCAGCAGCAGCUGCAGCAGAGACAGCAACCACUGAGGCAGAAACCAGGGCAACAGCAGCAGCAACUGCAACAGCAGCAAGGACUGCAGCAGCAGCAAGGACUGCAGCAGCAGCAAGGACUGCAGCAGCAGCAAGGACAGCAGCAACACCCGCAGCAGCCACAACAACAGCACCAGAAGCAGCAGCAGCAGCAGGACCAGGACCAGCAGCAGCAACAAGAGCAGCAACUACAACAACAGCAACAGCAGCCGCAACAACAGCAACAACAGCAGCAGCUGCAGCAACAACAACAGCAGCAGCUGCUGCAGCAAGACCAACAGCAGCAGCAGCAGCAGCAGCAAGGGGGGGCCGAUGAGUUGAAGUAUGCAGUAAGCCUGAAGACAGCAGCAACGCCUCCGCUUCUGUCUCCUUCUGUCUCUGCCUCUCUUCCCUCUAAACCUCAGAAGCAAAAUGAUUCAUUUUUUCUCAAGCUAGCUGCACACCUAAGCAGCAGCAGCAGCAGCAGCAGCAGCAGCAACAACAGCAGUCAGCAGCAGCAGGGAGCAGACACCCGAGGACCUCAGCCUUUCUGGCUGCCUCUGCAGCCAACGCGGCAGACGCUGUCUCAGGCUGCGUCUGGCGCUGCAGCAACUGCUGCUGCAGCAGCAACAGCAGCAGCAGCAGCAGCAACAGCGGCAGCAACAGCAGCAACAACAACAGCAACAACAACAACAGACAAUGAGCGGCGUUGGAAGCGGGAUGUUGCUGCCUCAGGGGAGCAGCAAAUGAUGCUGCUGCAGCAGAUCCUGCAGCGCCUACGCUCAGCAGACUCAGCGCAGCAGCAGCAAGAGCAGCAGCAAGAGAAACUGCAGCAGCAACAACUACUGCCAGCACGUAGCAGCAGAAGCACCAUCCACGCCCCCGCACAUCAUGCUGCUGAUUCACCUGUAGUGCUGCAGUGGCAGCAACGCAGCAGCAACAGCAACAGCAGCAACAACAGCAGCAGCAGCAGCAGUAGCAGCAACACCAUGAGGACAGGCGGUAUGCAAAGUAAUUAUGUAGCUGCAGAUCGUUCUAAGGUCCGGCGGCUGACAGCGGCUUCUGCUGUGCCUAACUACGCAGCAGCAACAGCAGCAGCAGCAGCAGCAGCAGCAGCAGGUGCUGGUGCUGGUGCUGCAGCAGCAGCACCUGCUGCUGCUGCAGUUGGAAGUAUCCUGCCAACGCCAUCUACCACGCUGCGCCGGUGCAGCAGCAGCAGCAGCCUUGGUGUAGCAGCAGCAGCAGCAGCAGCUACUACGAGCAGCAGCAAAUGGCAGUUUGCUGCUUCACCUCUCAGCAAUUCUUAUUCCAAGGCAGAGUUGCUGUCUCCGUCUACAGCAGCAAAGCUGCUGCAGCUGCCUGCAGCAGGCAGCUCAGCAGAAUGCAGUGUGAAGCAGCAGCAGCAGCAGCAGCAACAGCAGCAACAGCCAAAAUUGUUUAAGAGAAGAAGUUUGCUGCUCUCACCCUCAGCAAGAGCAACAGGAGCAACAGCUCUUCGGCGUGACACAUAA